ACAUAAGUGUGAAUGGGGGAAGGGCAGAGAGGGAGGGAGUGAGAGAAUCCCAAGCAGGCUCCACGCUGUCAGGGCAGAGCCUGACCUGGGUCCUGAACUCAUGAACCUGAGAUCAUGAUCUGAGCCAAAAAUCAAAAGUCGGACACUUAACCAUCCGAGUCACCCCAGUGCGCUGCAAAUUGCGUCGCAGAGAGAUGACCGCCUCAGUUUCCACGUACCCAUGUUAGGUCACACACGUUCUCUUCCUUUGGCUGGGAGUCGAGAGGGGAUUCUCCUUCCUCACCCUCCGUGGGGGUCUCUUCUCAUGGAUUGGGAGAGGUUGAAAACUAGAACUUUAAGUGCUGAAGAGACUCUGUAACUGGGCAGUGCUAAUCCAAGAGGGUUACCAUGCCUGCCCUAGAAAGUGAUCUCCUCUUAGGAUGUAAAGCUUUGAAUGUAAGGAAUCCUCAUCCUAAAAGGAAAACAUUAAUCUUCUCGAGUUUGAAACCGUCUUCUCAGCUCUUCCUGCAUUCCAAGGAUGUGAGAGAGGAAACUGGGCGUUUGUAGUCUGUAAUAGGAUCACGACAGGGCCAUAGCAGGACGGUAGGGAUGUAAGUUUGCACAAGCAAUCAACAACUUUUUAGUGGUUACCUUCAGAUUCCCUGUCUUUGGGGGAUUAUAUACAUCUUCAGCUUUGGUCUCGUAAGUUUAAGAUGGAGGAAGGAUGCUGGUUUUCAGUGUCAAAUGGUAAUAUUACCUAACUUGUAUGAGAUUGCUGGGAGGGUGGAAAAAGUUAACAUAGGGGAAGCACUUUGGAACAAGGUCUGGUAAAUAGAUUGUGUUCCAUAACACGUAUUAUUGUUAUUAGCACUUAUGUGUAUUUUUUUAAGUUUAUUUGUUUAUUUUGAAAGAACUGGCGGGGGGGGGAGGUGAGGGAGAGGAGGAGAGAGAGCAUCCCAAGCAGGCUCCACAUUGCCGGUGGGGAGCCUGAUGUGAUGCGGGGCUCAAACUCUCGAAUCGGGAGAUCAUGUCCUGAGCCUAAACCAAGAGUUGCGCCGUUAACCGAGUAAGCCACCCAGGCGCCCCAACUUUAAAAGUUCUUAUUUUAUUUUUCUUGAAGUACAGUUGACAUACAGUCUUAUCAAAGUUUCAGGUGUACAACAUAGUGUCGACACUUACUUACAUUACAAAGUGAUGGCCACUGAAGAUCUAGUUACCAUCUGUCACCAUACAAAGUUAUUAUGGUGUUCUUGCCUGCUGCUGUUGUUAGUAUUUAAGAAUGAAAAGUGACAACCUUUGGUUAAAAAAAAGGGGGGGGGAUUAAAACCAUUUCACAUGAAGGACUUUAUUCAUCAUGGAUGUGGCUUAUUCAUGGACCCAUUGAAGGUGGCUUAGGAAUCGUCAUCAGAAGAGAAACAUCACCUCUUGGUUUUGAGUGGAAACAGCAAACUCGAAUCAAAAAGCCUACUGAAUAUUUUAGGCAAAGUUAUUACUAGAGAGUACUUCCUUUAUGUCCUAUAACUCUGAAUGAUUAGAUUUAAUGACCCUGUAAAUCUAAAGCUUUAUAAUUCCCACAAAAAGAAUUUAAUCCAUGAAGCUCUUCUAAGUGACUUGAACUGGGCUAAUAAAAUACCUGUUUUUAUUGUUUCAUAUUUACACUAGUCAAACUAAAAAAAUUUUGGGGGGAAUUUUUCUUUUCGAGAAAUAUCCAGCAAAAUUCUUAUGGUUUACCGAACUUUGCAUUAAGAGAUUUUACCACUCACAAUGGCACAUUUGCUUUGCACGUGCAUAGAAACAAAGCGUAACAAGGACUUUUCUUUGAGGACUUCAGGAAGGAGUAAAGAUGCCAGAAAAAUCUCCCUGUCCCCUGGGCACUUAUCUUGCAGCCGUCGCUGGGAAUUUUAAACAUUUUCAGUGUUCCUAGUCUAAAGCGUGUCAUGCCUGCAUCUGAAGCUGUUUCAGCCUUGCUCUCUGGCCAGCUCUUCCUCCGUGGUUACACAGGACAGACCUGAUGGUUUGGCAGAAAUCGUGCCUUGGUCAGGACAAAUGUAAUGAAAAUGGAGCAUGGUACCCAGAGUGCUAAUAGGCCGUUUUCUCUGGACACCACUGUUGUCUUCCUUAGAGAGGCUUUGUUACUGUGUUGGUAGUUAGCCCGGGAAUGACUGAGGGUGUUUUGUCGGCUUCAUACUACUGUGGCAAGAAUCGGGGCCUUGUUGCCUGGCCUGGUUUUGCCAUCAGCCAGCUCUGGAUUUAGUCUGGCCUCUUGAUAGCUCUGUGUUUUGCUUUAGAGGUCUGCAGUAAAUGAGGGGUUUGAGGUAGAGGGUGUUGAAGGCCUUUUGGAGCCCCUGGGUCCCAAAUUUUGCCCUGUUAGCUCUGACAUUCUUUGGAAUGCGACAAGCUUUCUUGAGCACUGAUGUGAGUUUAUUGGGGUUUGAUGUGAGACCGUCCAGGAAAUUCUGAGACAUCGGGAAAGUCACACAGCCGGUAUGCUCCACAUUGUUUGUGAGCCUGACCCUUGGUAUCGUUCCCCUGUUUUACCAAGCAUCAGGAUGCUUCAGACACACGGUGGCAAAAGUCUAGUGCUCUCAGUUCUGUUCCGUAAACCCUACUAGGGGGGGAUGGUGGCCACGCUGACCCUGCAUUAGAGACACCUUCCUUUCCUCUGACACUUAGCACACGAAAGUAAGAUGACUUCCCAUUAACGGGAAUUCUCUAAAACCAUCUGCCAUGUGGCUGGGCUGAAUGAAUUAGGAAAAAAAAAUUCUAAAGCGGAUGGAAAUGUUACAGUGGGUCUUUCAGCAAAAGCCAGCUGAACUCUGUCUCCAUGAUAUCACCAUUUGCUGGUAUGUAAUGCAGGCAAAGGAGAAAAGUGGACUUUGAAAAUCCCACGAUCAGCUAAGGUGACAAGGAAGUGAAACCGGUUUCAUUAUGGAGUUGCAAAGACAUCUUGAACCCGUUCUGGAAGAAAGCGUAACAUUUCGUGCCACUCAAUUAAGUAGGACACAGAAGACUCGGGACCAGAUUUUUUAGUCUGAUGAGAAUAGAGAACUAAAUGUUUGUGACAUUGAGGGACAGUAACAGUUUAAUAGGUGGUUUACCAGUGGGUAUGUGCUGGGGGCAGAUCCAUUCCAAGGGCCAAGUUGCGUUUUAGGGAAGGGCCUGUGCCCUUGCGGCUAUUAAGCUGGGUCGCUGGCAUUGUAAUCGUUGCUUGUUUCUGUCUGCUUGCCAGCCAGCUGUAUUCGAUUUACUUCUUUAGUUUUGAUAGCCACAACAUUUAUUAUCUGUUCAAACACGGGCAGAUUAAAUACCGAAAGAGGAUUACUUUACUUAACAAAGCAGUCACACAUGAACUCUCUGCUCAUAUUUUGUUUUUGUUUUUGCUUCAGGAAAAGAAGGCCUGCCACCGGGGUUAGGUGUGCAGGGCUGUACCACAUGGUAGGGCCUGUUGGGAGACUGGCCCUCUCAAAUGGGCAUAUUGCAAGGCUAGCCCGCGUUAGAUUUCACUCAGAAGGAACAGAGGGGACACGCGCCUCUCCACCGCGUGGUUUUCUAGUCUAAUUUACACCAACUUUUGGAUGUUGCCUUAAAACACACUGAACUAUUUUCAAAGCAUACAGGUUUUUUUUUUUUUUCUUCAUAUCAUAAACAUGGAAAUAGCAGUAAACCACCCAGAGGUGAUUUUUGUUGAGAGACAGCAGGAAAGAAUUGGGGGUUCUUGCACUUUGAUGCACAUCAGAAGCAUCUCGAGAACUUGUCAAAAUACACCUGGCCCCACACCUCCAGGGAUGGGCCCCCCUGAACGCACGCUUCCACAAGCUGGGACAGGAGAGAGCGGCAAGAGUACGUUUAUCAAGCAGAUGAGAAUCAUCCAUGGGUCAGGCUACUCUGAUGAAGACAAAAGGGGCUUCACCAAGCUGGUGUAUCAGAACAUCUUCACGGCCAUGCAGGCUAUGAUCAGAGCCAUGGACACGCUCAAGAUCCCCUACAAGUACGAGCACAAUAAGGCUCAUGCACAAUUAGUUCGAGAAGUCGAUGUGGAGAAGGUGUCUGCUUUUGAGAAUCCAUACGUAGAUGCAAUAAAGAGUUUAUGGAAUGAUCCUGGAAUCCAGGAAUGCUAUGAUAGACGACGAGAAUAUCAGUUGUCUGACUCUACCAAAUACUAUCUUAAUGACUUGGACCGUGUUGCCGACCCCGCCUACCUGCCUACGCAACAAGAUGUGCUUAGAGUUCGAGUCCCCACCACAGGGAUCAUCGAAUACCCCUUUGACUUACAAAGUGUCAUUUUCAGAAUGGUCGAUGUAGGGGGCCAGAGGUCAGAGAGAAGAAAAUGGAUACACUGCUUUGAAAAUGUCACCUCUAUCAUGUUUCUAGUAGCGCUUAGUGAAUAUGAUCAAGUUCUCGUGGAGUCGGACAAUGAGAACCGAAUGGAGGAAAGCAAAGCACUCUUUAGAACAAUUAUCACAUAUCCCUGGUUCCAGAAUUCCUCGGUUAUUCUAUUCUUAAACAAGAAAGAUCUUCUAGAGGAGAAAAUUAUGUAUUCCCACCUAGUUGACUACUUCCCAGAAUAUGAUGGACCCCAGAGAGAUGCCCAGGCAGCUCGAGAAUUCAUCCUGAAGAUGUUCGUGGACCUGAACCCUGACAGUGACAAAAUUAUCUACUCCCACUUCACAUGCGCCACAGAUACCGAGAACAUCCGCUUUGUCUUUGCCGCCGUCAAGGACACCAUCCUCCAGUUGAACCUGAAGGAGUACAAUCUGGUCUAAUUGUGCCUCCUCAGUACCGCCCGUCCCUUCCCCGGUGGGCUGUUGAAGCUGUACAAGAGGGACUGGAUUUCUGUGGAAAACCAUUUGCAUAAUACUAAUUUAUUGCCGUCCCGGACUCUGUGUGAAUGUGUCCACAGGGUUUGUAGUAAAUAUUAUGAUUUUAUUUAAACUAUUCAGAGGAAAAACAGGAUGCUGAAGUACGGUCCCAGCACAUUUCCUUGCUGUCUUUUUUUUUUUAGGCAAAAACCUUGUGACUCAAUGUAUUUUCAAUUCUCAGUCAUGCACUCACCAAGAUAAGAGUGGUUUCUUUCUCUUUUUCUUUUCUAUUGAGGAAAACAAAGCUGAUUGCCCUUUUCCUCACCCCCUGCCCUCAUCCUGAUUUUCCCUGGGUCACAACGGCCUUUAUCCUAGUUCCAUUCUUGGCCAGGUUUUUCUCUCCAACGACAGGACAGCGCCAUUUGAUUUAAGCCAUCGGCAUCAGCUUAAGUUAAACGGUUUGUAGUGUUGCUGAAGGAUUCUAAGUAUUAAUACUGUGGUUUUCAAUGUAUUGCUCUGGAUACACAUAUAGAGUUGUUUUUAUAUCAGUACAUGAUCUUGCCUCACUUUGGGCUAGGAGGGUGGAUGCCCGUCUUACAGUGAAGGGUCGUUUCUUUUGGAUUCCUACCUUCGGCCAUAGCUUGGUUGCUGAGAGAAAUAUGCACAGACAGUAAGGCAAGAACAGAGACCACAGUUUUGUUUUUUUUUAACGCCAUGUGCCAUGGUCCUUCCACCCUUACUUUUUUUUUUUACCCUCUCUUUAAAUUGCAGAUGCCAAAAAAAAAAAAAAACAAACAACAAAAAACCAUUUUCUAUAUAUAUGUAUAUGCCCAACAGACACUACAUUACCCCAAUGGCUGCUAUCCAGAACCUGUUUCUUAGGUUGUUCAUUAUUCCCCACCUUGGUUCAGAUUUUCAUCCUUUUUUUUUUUCCCCCCCUUAGUGUUUGGGCCAUAAUGUAUUAUGGGUAUGUGUUGCCAAAGCUGGCUUUUUUGUCAAAGUAAAGUAGUAAAAAUUUCAGAGGUAAAAGCCAGUAUCUCACAAAUGGAAGAGAGUUAAGAGUGUGAGGCCUAAAUAAUUGGCUGAGAAUCCACCUGAAACACCAGUUGCCCAAGAAUAGGUAACUGCCAAUCUGACUGGCAUGGUCCAUUCUUUUCUCUGCCCUCGAGAUCACAUUUAGUGUGCGUUUCGUGUUGAGUGUCCAAAUGAGCAAUGUAAAAUAGUGUCUUCUGUGAUAGAACAUGAAAUCUGCUUCUGUCUCUUCCUUUAAAGCCGGUCUUACCCUUUGUGUUUCUUUAAGGUCAAGUAGGUCUGCCAAGGACGUAAUUCAAGCAUUCGGACACCUUUCAUUUGCAAAAUCCGAUGUUACUGCUGGUUUACCCCCUUUGUGAACUUUUUAAACCGGUGACCGAUUAAGUUGAAUUUGAGUUAGGUCCACAAGACUUCCUUAAGAGUUAACCCCUCGGUGUUUUAUAGAACAUGCAUUUGUGUAACUAAACCUCUUAGGAGAGAUCAUUGGAGUUCUCAAUGUGCAAUUUUUCAACAAAUGCAAAAAAAAACCCAAAAAACAAAACAGCACCUGUAUUGAUGAGCUUCGGUCCGGCAGCUUGAGUUGACAUACGAUUUAAGGAAAUAAAGAUUAUUUUAAACCUGCUGGGGAGUAAGAAUUAGGCCGCGACACUGGUCUUAUUUUAAGUAUAGUACUAUCUGGCACAAGUCCAGACUCCCCUAUCCGUCAACUCUUGGGGAACAAUGAAGGCAAGAGAAAAUGAAUGGCUUUACUGGAGGAGAACCAGGGUUACUAACCCGUAGUGGGAUGUUCUCCUUCCUUUCCCGGCCACAAACACCACGAGUUACUUUUUCACUUUGCUCGGAAAGCAGCUCUAAUUUAAUUGAGAACCAGACUGCCUGUAGGGCUAGUGCAAUUCUGAACGCUCUAGUCAUUGUACGUACACCUCUUGCCAUUGCCGCAUCCAUACGGGCUUUGUAAUCGUUAAUUUUUUUUUUGGCAGAUUGAAUGUGCUGUAUCAAUAUGUAUCUAUGUAAGUGUAUGUCUUAUAGCUAAUUCACAUUUUGAAUAAUGUUAUUUUAUUUACUUUUUUAAGAGAGGAGAAUGUAAAUUGGUCAGUUUAUUUCUGACUAGGGAUAUUUUUUUUUUCCAUUUAGAAAAGAAAAAAAAAAACCUUACUAUCGUACAGAGCGGUACUAGCAUCGUGCUGUAUAAAAUCAUUUGCACAUUCCUGAGUAGAGGUGUACUGAUAAGACCCAAAGGUAAUUUCAUAGCAAAAUACAUAAAAUCAGUCGGAGCUUUUAUACAAACAUGGAAACCAACUUUGUAGAACUUUUGCCAUUUGACCUAGGAUUGGAAUAUGAGCUUUUAUACGAUUCAUAUUCUUAUUUGGCAAAUGCACAGUUUAGUAUUACCUCUCUGAUGGCCUUUAUUAGAAAGGCAGUUUUAGAAGCUAUUGUGAUCCACUAAGGAAAUGUUUUAACAGCUAGAGACCACUGCUUGCCUGAAAGGGCAAUCUCAAAUUUGGUGCAGCAAAAAAAAAAAAAAAAAAAACACAAAACAAAACAAAACAAACAAAAAAAACGAAAAAAAAAAAAGAAAAAGAAAAAAAAGAAAAAAGGAAAAAGAAAAAAAAGAAAAAAGUAAAAAAGAAAAGAAAGAAGAAAAAAGUCAACAAUAACAUUUGAAGGCCUACAGUGUGUAUAGAGAAAACCUCAUCACAAGAUCCUAAGUGUUACAGUUUUAGGGAAUCAAGAUAUUCUAUUUAAUAGAGCUAUAGUAGAUGUAGUCAAUUAAACAUGAUCUCAAAGCUCGAAGAAGUUGAGCAAACAGGGAAAGAUUGUUCUAUUUGUCUUUAUGAAAUUGGAAUGGAAUUGCUAUGCAGAAUUGAGGUUGGUGGCUUCGCUGUUUGCCGGAGGGUGCAUGACAAGAUCCCUUUCUCUUGAGAAAGGAAGAAAUUGAUCACCCUCGCUGCAGUGAUGCAUGGAAACCUAAUUGUAUCCACACUAGUCAAUCGAAGCUAAAGGAUUUUUUUUUCUGUUUCUUUGGGGUUUUAUUGAAGGGGCUAGGGGUGGGAAGGGAUUCUUUUCAGUUUUGUAUAAAAAAAAAAAAAGUUUACUCAUGCUUUCUAUUAUAUUGUGAUUGCAAGCGUUAGAAGCGUGUGCCACUUGUCUCCUGCCAUUGAUGCUCCAGGUAAUGGAGGCCUGUGGCCAGUUUUUGGUGACUUGGGCAUGUCUUAUUCAAAAACAAAAACACAAACCACAAAAACCUUUCUUCAGCAUACCAAGGCAAGCAGCCAUUUCAUGACUCACCACAUUGCAGUGUACCAGUUUACAGAUAAUUUUUCCCUUUUUUUGCGUGACAUGGCAGUUCCAAACCCACAGAGAAUUCCUCAUUUGUAAAUUGGAGGUUUGUACUAUGCCUUACAGAGCUUAAAUCCAGAAGUUUGUGCCUCAUCUCUUGAAACAAAGGGAAAUAACACACCCAUUCAGAAGUCAAUAAAUCCCCUCGAAGUUUUUGUUUUUUUAAAAAAAACAUUUUCAUACAAAGAGCUCUGUUGAAUGUCAUGAAUAGACUUGGGGGAAAAAAAAUCUUAGGAACCUGCAUUUGUUGUUUACUAGCAUAUGACAUCUACAAAAGGUAUUCAAAGAACACCUGAAACUUGUAUUUUUUUUUUUUUUUUGUGGAUUAACUAGCAAGCCUAUUACAAAAAGGUAAUUCAGCUAAAGGACAAUUUACUUUUUGUACUUUAGACUAUCUUGAUUGUCAAGGUGUAUGAACUGUAAUUUUAAAAUUUAUACUGCCACAUGAUUGUAAAUGUUAGUUGUCUUAAGUUAGGAAUUGGUAAAAAGCUAUUUAUGCUGGAUUUGGGUCAAACGACUUAUUUGCAAAAAAAAUAAUGGGAAGAAAGGGCUGUAUAACGAGAUACUGCAAGACUCAGAUAUUGGUUGGAAAUAACCUACAAAUUACCCUCAAUUUCCCUUUGUUUUCAGUUUUUCAAAAAAAAUGAAUGAAAUGAAAUAUAGAAGAAUGUUAACCCAUAUAAAAAUAAAGUGUACCCAAGUAUUGUAAUGUA